AUGCAGACUGCUUCUACAAACAUUUGUGAAAGACUGUGCAAUAAGUCCAUCCGUGAAAUUUUGCUUGCUACUAAAUGUUCCAUAGUCAACUGUUAGUGGUAUUAUAACAAAGUGGAAGCAACUGGAUACAACAGCAACUCAGCCACGAAGUGGUAGGCUACGUAUAAUGACAGAGCAAGGUCAACGAAUGCUGAAAGGCACAGUGCGCAGAAGUCGCCAACUGUCUGCAGAGUCAAUAGAUAAAGACUUUUGUUUGGCCUUCAGAUUAGCACAACAGCAAUGCGUAGAGAGCUUCAUGAAAUGGUUUUCCAUGGCCGGGGUAGCAGCUUCUCGGCCUUACAUCACCAAGUACAAUGCAAAGCGUCAGAUGCAGUGGCGUAAAGCACGCUGCCACUGGACUCUA